AUGGCACUAAGAUUGAGUAAAGAAAUACUUGCGCGUAACUGCGUCAUUAAAAGGUGCUCAUUGGGGUUCUACUUGUCUUCAGUUAUUCAGAGGGCAACCUUAAUAUCAAAUCAGGAUACAGAAUUAGUUGUGAGUGGAAGAUCUAUUUAUUCUUCGGUAUCAAGUAUAAGCUAUGAACAGCAUCGGAAUUCAUCUACCCAAAAUUUUUGUACUGCUGUUCAUCCUGAAAAGCUGUGUUGGGAAGGUUCUUCUCGUGCAGCUAUGUUGAAAAGGCUCGAAGUUGCCUUGAAGGAACAUCAAGUGAAUGAAGUAUGGGAAUCAUUUAUUGAUUUCAAAAGGUUGCAUGGCUUUCCUGAGGGUUUUCUUAUUCAUAAGCUAAUAACAGAACUGUGCUAUUCAUCUGACCCUUACUGGCUACAAAAAGCAUGUGAUCUAGUCCUGGUAAAUUUGAGAGAGAGAUCAGACGUACUUCAGUCAGAUAUCUUGACAAAGCUCUCCCUCUCCUUGGCACGCUCUCAAAUGCCUAAGCCUGCUAUGAUGAUCUUGCGAUUAAUGCUGGAGAAAAGGAAUUUACCCCCCAUGAAUGUAUUGUGCUUGGUUGUUCUGCAUUUGGUAAAGACUGAGAUUGGGACUCACCUUGCUUCAAAUUUCUUAAUCCAAAUUUGUGAUCACUUCCAAAGCUUGAGAGCAAAAAAGAGUGACCACACAAAGCUAUUGCAACCGGAUACAAUGAUAUUUAACCUUGUUCUUGAUGCCUGUGUCAGGUUCAAAUUAGCUCUGAAAGGCCAGCAGAUCAUGGAAUUGAUGUCUGCAACAGGAGUGGCUGCUGAUGCACACUCUAUUGUCAUUAUAGCCCGGAUUCAUGAAUUGAAUGGUCAAAGGGAGGAGAUUAAGAAUUAUAAAUGUUAUAUUGAUCAGGUUUCAGCUCCAUUUGUUCAACACUAUCAUCAAUUUUAUGAUAGUUUGUUGAGCUUGCAUUUCAAGUUUAAUGAUGUGGUUGCUGCCAGUGAGCUUAUAUUACAAAUGUGUGAUGAUCGUAAGUCUCUUCUGAUUCAGAGAGAUAAGAAGAACUCACAAAGGUCUUAUCUUGUUCCAAUUGGUUCUCAUAAUCAGAAGUCUGGGUUGAAUAUGCAGAUUGUCCCUGAGCUGCUGCAGAAAGAUUCUGUCCUCAAAUUAGAAGGUAAACAAGAGCUUGUUAUGUACUUAAACGGGAAACUUGUUCUUAGCAACAGGGCUCUGGCCAAGCUCAUAACCAGAUACAAAAUAGAUGGGGAUACUUCUGAGCUUUCAAAACUUUUACACAAAAUUCAAAAGGAAUUAUGUUCAUUCAGAGGAUCUAGAUUGGGCAAUGAUGUGAUUGAUGCUUGCAUUCAAUUAGGUUGGCUAGAAACUGCUCAUGACAUUUUAGAUGACAUGGAAGCAGCUGAGACUCCUAUGGGGUAUAGUACCUUCAUGUCACUCUUGACAGCCUAUUACAAAGGAAAACUGGUUCCAGAAGCAAAGGCAUUGCUUAAACAGAUGAGAAAGGCUGGUUUGCUUGUAAGUUUAUCCGAUGAGAUGGUUGCCUCAACAUGUCUAUCAGUAGUUGAUACAUCUGCCUGUUGUACAAGUGCAUCAAGUUCCACCAGUAAAUCUGAUCUGGCAAAUGCUUUGGUUCAGGAAUCGAGAGAUGAGGAGGAAACUCCUUCUAGGGUUUCUGAUCUGGUAAAUGCUUUGGUUCAGGAAACGAGAGAUGAGAAAGAGGGAAUUUCUUCUAGGGUUUAUCAGUUCAAUUCUUCUAUCAAUUUCUUUUGCAAGGCCAAAAUGAUUGAUGAUGCUUUGAAAACAUACAAAAGAAUGCAAGAGUUAAAAAUUUACCCCACUGAGCUAACUUUUACUUAUAUGAUAAAAGCGUAUUCUUCUCUAGGAAUGUUCCGUAAUAUCACAUUCUUGUGGGGGGACAUGAAGAGGAAUAUGGAGAAUGGAAAUUUGGUGGUAAGCAGAGAUCUGUACGAGUACCUGCUACUGGACUUCCUCGGUGGUGGUUACUUUGAGAGAGUCAUGGAGGUCAUUAGCUAUAUGAAGAAGCAUGGUAUGUUUGCUGACAAGUGGAUGUACAGAAGUGAGUUUGAAAAGCUUCAUAAGAAUCUUUAUAGGAACUUGAAGGCAUCAGAAGCCAGAACGGAUGCUCAGAGGAAAAGACUUGAAUUUGUUCAGGCAUUUAGGAAAUAUGUAUCUGGGCAUUGA